GCGUAACCAGGAAACGUCGAACGUGCGGUGCUGUUAACGAGUAUAAAAGUUCAGGGUCAAAAGUAGAGGACUUAGAAAAACGAGGAGAGAAAUCAUAUCUCGUUCUAGUUUGGUAAGAAGGCCAGGUAGUUUAUAGUUAAUUGCCCUUCGUCACGGUUGCUGACCUCUUAUCGUGUGAAAGUGUUCGUCACAGCUGUUGAUAACGAAGAUUACGAACGAGCCUCUGCUGCCAAAGAUAGAUUUUCAGGUUUCUCUUUUCUCCGGUUACACGGGUGUAAUCGCUACCCUCGCGAAAGAGAAACUUCCUAUUGUGUCGCGGCUAACCGGAAGCUUUUCGCACAUGCCAUGCCUCGAUGUUUACUGCAAUAAGAUAGCUGAUACGAUAUCGACGCGUCUUCGCACCUCGGCCGAGCGGAACGUUAGAAAUACUUUCAGUCUGGGUACAGUAAAAUUUUCUUCGAGUGUCAUUUUCCCUAGAGAAACCUAUCUAGGGUACUGUACACCCUCGGGCAUGGUGAAAUUUCCCUGCCUCCCACUCCUGCUCCUCGUACGAUUCGUUCGUACGAUCUCGGCAGAGUUCGGCUCAGUUCGGUGGUCAGGCCACGCCUCCUACCCUCUGGCGAGUGGUGGGAGGGUCCUAAGUGAAAUUUUGAUUUCAUACUGGCCUAAGCGAAUGUUACUUCGCAGGCAAGGGUGCGGCCCUGGUUUUACCCCCGAACGAAAGGGCCAGGCCUUCGAGAAGGGUCUCCUCGGCAGGAUGCGACAUUCAACAACACUUGCAGUCCAUGUUUUACCUGCUCAGACCAGAGGAAACCCUGAAAAUGGCGGUGAAACUGGAGUCGGUACAUCCAGGAAGGACGAGAUACCUGGUCGUGGUAUCCUGCACCGGAAGGCAGGAUGCCGAGGAGAGCUGCCUUCUUGGUAUCGAUUGUCACGCUAGGGCGACCGUCGGUCUUGUACUUCGAGUUCUGGCCGACACUGCCAUUACUCUGGACGGCGACGGAGGCUUCAGCGUCAGCGUCUGCGGUCGGCAGCACAUCUUCAAGCCCGUAUCGGUGCAGGCGAUGUGGUCCGCGUUGCAGACGUUACACAAGGUGUCGAGCAAGGCACGGGAGCAGAACUACUUCCUGGGUGGGUUGUCGCACGACUGGGUCAGCUACUAUGAGCAACGAAUCGAGAGCGAUCGCUCGUGUCUCAACGAGUGGCACGCUAUGGACAGCCUGGAAUCACGGAGACCACCGUCGCCGGAUAGCGUGCGCACCAAGCCCAGGGAGAGGGACGAGACUGAACGCGUGAUCCGAUCGACGUUGAAAGAGAUCAUGAUGUCGGUGGACCUCGACGAGGUAACCUCGAAGUAUAUUCGAGGUCGUCUCGAGGAAGACCUCGACAUGGAUCUCGGCGAGUUCAAGCCGUUUAUCGAUCAGGAGAUGCUCACCAUUCUGGGUCAAAUGGACGCGCCGACGGAAAUAUUUGACCACGUUUACUUAGGAAGCGAGUGGAACGCGAGCAACUUAGAGGAGCUCCAGAAGAAUGGUGUCAGGCAUAUUCUGAACGUUACUCGGGAGAUCGACAACUUCUUUCCCGGGAUGUUUACGUACUUGAACGUCCGCGUGUACGACGACGAGAAGACGGACUUGUUGAAGCACUGGGACGACACGUACAAGUACAUCACGAAGGCAAGGAAGGAAGGCUCGAAGGUGUUGGUUCACUGCAAGAUGGGGGUGUCCAGAUCCGCCUCGGUGGUGAUCGCGUACGCGAUGAAGGCGUACAAUUGGGACUUCUCGCAGGCGUGGAAGCACGUGAAAGAGAAGCGUAACUGCAUCAAGCCGAACAACAGCUUCCUGCUGCAGUUGGAGACCUACCAGGGUAUAUUAGACGCGAUGAAGAACAAGGAAAAACUUCAGAGGUCCAAGUCGGACACUAACUUGAAGUCUCCGACAUCUACGAAGGAUCAAGCGAAAAAGGAGGAGAAGUCCGAUAACGUGGAUAACGGAUUGCAAGCUGUUUCAGGUUCUGAACUGAAGAAGACCAGUCAGAGGCCGAAGAGUUGGUCGCCGAACGUGAAGAUCAGCGAAACCAUGUUGCCGUCCGCGCCCCUUUCGCAGUCCCUCGAAAGCAUCGACAAGGCAGGAAGCACGGAAGUGACCAGGGAGGAUCUUCUUCGUUCCAGCAGUCAGAAGCCGGGUAUGGCGCAGGAGGCGCGAAACGUUUUGAUGCCAUGCGACAACGGGCAAUCGUACAGCGUUUCGCAGAACCAAAUCUUUCACCUGCCUACCCAUCCGGCGGACUCGCCUAGCGUGAAGCACCGAGUCAGCAAGCUCGAGACGCAGGGUCAGAGGAGGAAAGGUUUGGUGCUGAACCUGACGAAUCAGUUCGAAGCGGUUAGCAGCAAACCGUCUUCCCCGAGCUCGGACUCGGACAACAAACCGCUGCUGCCGAGUCCCGUGUCGGAUGUUAACGAAAACGGGCUGUCGCAGCAGACGGAAGUGAAACAAGAGGUGUGGGAUCCUGGUGAGAAACGCGAAACGAAGAAAACGGAGAACGGUAACGAUAGUGAAUGUCUAGUCUGGACUGCAUCGUCGUCCGAUGCAACGUGUAACGAUUCGUGUAGUAACGGUAAGACUAACGGGGAAGUGAGUGGGGAGAGUGAGUACGUCGGGACGAUAUCGAUGUCGGUGUACCCCGGCUGUUUGUCGCGGAAAGCGACGAAGAAGGACGGGGAUCCUUUUAGUACGCAGGUCGACAGAGUGUUCGAUCGCGAGGAGAGGCAAGGGGAGCCGGUCACCAGGGACUCUCCGAGUCGGCAAAGCUCUUGGAGCAGUUACGACAGUGCCGUGGUUCUAGAUAAUAAUUCGGUGCACAGUUCGUGGGCCACGUUACCCUCGAGGAACAGUUCUUGGGGUUCGUACGAUAUGCGACCUUCGGAUCUCCUCGGUUCCAGUGGUCUUUUCCCUUACGACAAGGAAGAGAUACCUUGGCACCCGGGUACGGUGAAGCGGACCAAACAGAAACUCGAAGAGAACACCAGCUCCGGAACGGUGAAGCGGGUGUGCACGCAGAAUUCCGAUAACGAGGACAAGGACAGAUUGGCCGUCGAAGAAGAUUCCUACAAUCCGGUACUCCUACACCACACGGCGUCCCCUACCCCGCGUAGAAGGGAUUCCUCGCCUAGCCAGGAGCAUAACUUAAAAGUAGAGCCCACCCCGGUUAGAAACUCGCCGAGUCCGAUCAGAGGGAUCGACAUCUCGCCCGCGUCGAUUCGUCAGAUCGGUCGACUGUCCACCAGUGCCCCGGCCCCAUCCUCUCUCUCCUCGGACACGGACCUCCCCUUGUCCUUAAGAUCCUGCAGGUCAGAGAGCGAAACGUCGAGUCCUUGCGUGAUCAACACCACUCAGUGUACCUCUGUGAAGCAUCACAAGAUGGUGCUAGAGAAGCUGAGUAACAAGUCCAUGUUCAACAAACGUUGCCUCUCCGUCGACGACUCCCCCGAGGCGGAAUGUCCGCGAAGCACCUCGGGUAUCGUGAAAAAUCUGAAAAAGGAAUUCGAGGCGAAAUCGACGAAGCUAGAGAAGAGUCCCGAGAGUAGUUUCGAAGGGGAGUCGUCGAUGGUCGGCCGACCAAAGAGGGACGUGAAGAUCCGAAGUUUACCCUCGUCGCCAGUGAUCCCUCACAAUGAAUCAAAGAUUCAGACCCCGUCCGAAACCAAAGAGAAGGGGAAGCCGAGCGAAAGUGUAUCGCAGGACAGUUCGGAGGACCGGUCGGUCAGGGUGCUAGUGGGCAAGUACGAGGUGAAACCAGACUCUAGAAAGUCCUCGGAGAUCCAGCUGCGCGUGCACAAGGACAAGGAUUGGGAGGCUGUGGAUACACCGAAUUCGGUAAAGAGCAAAGCCACUCCCGAGUACAGUAGAAGGUCAGCCCCGAUCAUGAUCAACAAUCACUCGUCCCCUCUGUUCCCCGAGGGACCGGAAGCACCCGGUAGGCCACCCGUUCCCUCGGCCGGAGUGGUGGCAGCUAGCAAGAAGCAACAACAGCACGGCAGGACGCAUCCUCUUGCCAGGCUGCAGGUUAGGCCUAGGCACAGCAGUCCGGUAUACAACACCAUGUAGAAGGGGAACGUGUUUUCUCCGUUUGUCGAAUCAGAGCGCGCGUACCUGACAUGCAUGGGUAUGUUGUCGUCGUGGCCACGAUGAAACCGUGUGAUCUCUUAUGAUGCCAACGAGUCGAGGAUCCUCCUCUUCGAGUUCGAUUCAUUUAAAUCGACGGGGAGGUACAGGAUUUAGAUUCGCUUCCCACCAUCUUUCUCGAUGUACAAUUUUACUAAUCGCGCGAGUCCUGUGCUACAGAACCGGCUGACAAUAAGGCAUGGCAUCGAUACUCGCUCGUUCUCAACGGUCUUGCUUUUACUGCCUUUUCAUCCGUUUCCUCUUGUCACAUACACAAUACAUAUACACAGACAUUACGCGAACAAGACUUACGGUGCCUUGCCUUGCUGUCCCGUAUUCGUAAGGCACACCGUGUAAAGUCGUUGAACGCGUUUUUAUGUUCCUUCUUCGUCAGACGUGUCUUGGCCUGCCCUUAGUUCAAUUAUUUUUUAAGCUGGAAAUGCAACAAUUAGGAAGACGCGGACAGAAAAACUCUCUUUUUCUCUAUCUCUCACACACUCUCUCUCUCUCUAUAUAUAUAUAUCUGUUAUUCCUACGACGUGUCGUUGUAAAGUUAAAUGAAAAAAAAAAGAAACAGAACAAAAAAUGGGCUUGGAAUCAAACGUGUGAUGUUCUGCGGAGACGUAGCGCGGAAGUCGGAGUCAGUGUCGGGGCCCGGUCAGGCUGUGAACGAAAGGGGUCCGUGGCCCCCGCACGAUGCUGGCUCUUUGCUUCUGCUUUCUUGUGAUCGCCGAGGCGCGAGCGACGGGACGACGUGUAACGUUAAGCUGUACUAUUAGUAUUUUAGAGCGAACGAUGUGAUUAGGAUGGUGCACAGUAUGCGAGCAGACGAAAACUCUGGCUAUUUUUCCUGGCGCGAUGUUUCCGGGUCGUUCGAACGUCCUUCACCUUCACCUUCACCUUCACCUCAUCUCCUCUUACCGUACCGAACUCGUGUAAUCGUAGUAGCAUCGUCGUGCGACUUGAUUGAUUUCCCUUUCCGCUUUUAUUUCUUCUCUUUCCUAUCUAUCUCUUUCACUCUCUACCGACCAGUGACGACCAUUUUGCCCGUCGAAAGUACAAUGAGAAAACCACACGACCCUGGAACCAUGUUCCAAAUUGGUCGUUCAUCGUUCUCAGACAUAUCAUCGGACCCGUUCGUUCUCUGUUUGCGUUCGCAAAGCCAUGUCGACCAAUUUUAUACUCCCCUGAUGAUGAUGAUGAUUAUGAUAAUGAUGAUGAUGAUAAUGAUGAUGAUGAUGAUGAUGAUGAUGAUGAAUGCGAGGCUCGUUUUUUGAUAAGAUGCACCCGCGACGACUGUGUGUGUAGAAAUAUAUUUUAUUACUGAGAUAAUUUUGCAGAUAAUUUCUCAUACGUUCAUUCUAACCGCUGUUGUCUUUCGGAGGUUAUUUGAAGCGACAAGCGAUCCUGACAGCGAAUGCUAUUCAACUGUAACACAUUGAAUUAGAAUAAAAUGAAAUGUUACAUCGCCCAA